AUGCGCCGGUUUACUCUAUUUGUCUUUUUCUUAUCAAUAAGUAUUGCAUAUGCGGAUUUUGAUUUCGAAGACUACAACUUUGCAACAUUCAAUGAAAUUUAUGAUAAUGAGAUUCCUGACGAUAUUCCUUCAUCUCGUCACUUUUUGAAAUCUUCAAGAGGUACUGUAGGUCUCCCAAAAACUGCUACAGAAAUGAUGACGCGAUUCAAUGAAAACCUUCUGAACUUCCUGAAAUCAAAAUCUGAAAACGAUUGGAAACUAAUUAUGGAAUUAAUGUCACCGGAUGCAUUUAUUGAAACCUGCAUGGAAUCUGCAUAUGGAUUGAGUAUGGACCAGUUUCAUAAAUGGAUAACAUUCUUGAGCAAUUAUUAUGCAGAAGUUGGUCUCACAAGUACAAAAAUAAAGGACAAUUCGGAAACUGGUGUCACAACUGAAUUAGUAUAUUAUACUGUUUUGAGAAAUGGCGAAAAAGGUUCAGAUAAAUGGGCAAUGUCUGCAACAUUGAACAAGAAAAAAGGACAUUUUUGUAUAAAUACUCUGCAUAUGCUCUCAGAAUGCAAAAAUAUUCCCAAAAAACCAUCACUCGAGCCUGCGAUUCCGAUUGAGACGUUCAUCUCAAGUUUGAAAAAAAAAUUAGUAAAUGACAUAUUUUUGAAUGGAGGUCUACAUUACAAAUCUGCAUAUGAAUCCAUGUACAAUUAUAUUACGCCAGCGACUAAAGUUUUUAUUUGUGACGUUGGGAAGAUGAAUGGAAAUCAAUUUGUUGAGUACUGGUACAAAAGAUUCGGGAAAGUUCAGACGUAUUCGGAACACGUCUUUGAUAUAUCUAAUAAUGGAACCAACUGGCAUGUUGACUUUGAAGUUACUUAUGAAAGUGAACCUGGGAAGUUCUAUCGUGAUAGAUAUCAAUUUUCAAUGAAUAAGUACACGAAUGUAAAGGUUGAGUAUUUUGAGAAUUUCUUGGAUUGGAGAAUUUAUCAAAUUCAACAGAACUGCACAGAAUCCAGAACAAAAAUGUCCAAGAGUGAUGCAUCAGUUGUUAAAAUGGCUCUAGCUUCUCGUCGAUGGGAUCAAAUGCUCAAUAAAGGACUCAGCUGGGAUACACUUCAAGCAUUCAAAGAAAUGUUUGAUAAAAGCAAAUUUCAUGGAUAUACAUGCGGAAUGAAAUUUGAGAAUUGGGCGAAAUUUGAUAACUGGUUGACUGGUUUUUCAAAUUUCUAUGCGAAAUCUGUUCCGAAGCAAACAAAUGUGUACGCAUACCAGGAUUCGAAAAUAGGCUUUUGGAUAGUUAAUACAAUGUCUGCAGCAAGUGAUAACAGUACAUCAACUCAUCGUGUAUUCUUUGAAGGAUAUUAUGUAUGUUAA